AUGCGACCUAAUCAAACGACAGCAAGACCACAAACAAAUGGAACAACUGCACGUCCAUCUGGUAAUAGCUCGCAAACUUCAAUGCGACCUAAUCAAACGACAGCAAGACCACAAACAAAUGGAACAACUGCAC